AUGCUUAUCGAAACAAUUGGCCCACUUAAAAAAAAGAAUCUAACUUUACAUGAAUUUAAAAUAUCAGAGGCAGAAAGUGCCAAUGAAUCAAGUGAUAAAGAUUCAGUGCUUUGGUAUACUGAGGAAUUGGAAAAUAUUGCAAAGGAAACCUUACAACUUCUAAUGUAUAGUGUAAAAAGCAUCAUCCCAUCCAAACGUUCUUUAUGCUAUUUAGGAAAUUCUUUCCGAAUCCAAAGAAAACGCAAAGCCAAAGAAAAAAAUGUUGCUGUUGAACAUAAAAAAAAGAAUACCGAUUUUUUUAAUUUUACAUCAACUAAAAAGCUAACUUAA